CAUUUACGCGAAUCGAGCACGCGAGAAUCGAGAUAAGUACCGAUAGCAAAUAAAUUAUCAGAGAGGACUUUUCUCGCGAAUAUAUAUAAAACUCUGGUUCCGGGUAUCGUUACAUUGCGUAAGGGUAAAGGUAAUUUCGAAAAAGUCGAAAAUUUGCAUUAAUGCAGGUAGAUAUACGAACGCGAGGAUCCGAAGUAUGAGUCUUAUGGAAAACUCGGACACGCAGGUUGUCCUGGACGAUCAGUUGCAGCAUUUUAUCGAGACCGAAACGAAAAAGCAGCAUUUUCAGGGAUUAGUACAUGAAUUAACGGGUCUUUGCUGGGAGACUUGUAUGGAUAAGCCGUCGCUACGCCUGGAGCCUAAAGUUCACAAGUGUCUCGUGAAUUGCGUGGAGAGAUUUAUUGACACAACCAAUUAUAUCACAAACAGAUUAGAACGCGUUGCCACGAAUAUGCAGUCUGAGUCAGAUAAUAUGGAAUGAACGUGUAUGAUUUCUAGGAUUAUUCCUAGUGUCCAAGUUUGUUAUGGACAAAUUUUAAACAUUUUGUAAUAUAUCUGUACGUGUAUCGGA